CUUCCAAUCCCUCUUUCUUAUUAUUGAGACAAUUUUGCUCUAAAUAUGAUUUUUAAUUUGAGGAAAAUAAAAGUCAUUGUCUUAUUGCAAAAUUUUUUUCUAAAUUAUGUCGGCCACUUUCGACAGAGUGAUUUCAGUGACUAUUUUAUACAAAUUUCAAUUCCAAAAAUAGUAGAAUUUACCACAGAUGAGCGAAGACAAAGAAAGAGACUAACACUCCUUUUGGUAAGAAGGAAAGGACGAGGGGAAAAAAGUUCUAAUAUUUUUUUUACUUUCCCUUUUCUUUCUUUCCUACAACACGGAGUCUAAACGAUCGAAGACCACCUUGAUUGUCUAUAUAUAUUAAGCUUGAUGCAAGGCUUAUCGUUAUAUAUUUAGAACUAGCAGUUAAGAGAGAAUUGAAAAUAAAAAGAUCAUAUAUAAAGAAAAAGAGAUGAUGGAACCCAAAUGGUUGUUGUUGAGUGUGUUGUUGUUGUUGUUAGAAGGAUGCAGAUGGUAUAGUACUGAUGCCUGUUGGGAGGAAGAGAGGAUUGCUCUCUUGCAACUCAAACCUUUCUUCAAUCCUCAGAACGAUCUGAACAGCUGGGUUGAUGAGAUCAAGGGUUCAGAUUGCUGUCAAUGGGAUAGGGUCGAGUGCAACACCUCCUCCUCCUCUUCCAAGCGAGUCAUAGGACUCUUUCUUAAUUAUAUAAGAUGGUCCAAAAACGAAAGAUGGUAUCUUAAUGCCUCUUUGUUUCUUCCUUUCAAGGAACUGAAGCAUCUUUAUUUGCCAGGGAAUAACAUCGCUGGUUUUGUUGAAAGUGAAGGUUUUCAAUGGCUUUCAAGACUUAGUAAUUUGAAAACUCUUGAUUUAGGGGACAAUUCUUUGAAAAAUAACAUAUUGUUUCAUAUGAAUGGAUUGAAUAAUUUGACAAAUUUGAAGAACUUGGAUUUAAGUAGCAAUAGAAUUGAAAGCUUUCAACCAUCAAAGCAAGGAAAGGAGAUGCAACUAAGGAUGACCAAUUUGGAGGUUCUUGAUUUAAGUAGCAAUCUCUUCAAGAACGACACUUUUGCAUUCCUUUCUGGCCUUCCAAGUCUAGAGUCCCUGAAUAUGGGGGACAACCAAUUGCAAGGCUCAAUAGAUAUUGAAGAUAGUGGGAGACAGCUGAACUUGACCCAUUUAGAAGAAUUUGAUUUGAGUGAUAAUCUCAUUAAUGACAACAUAUUUGCAUCGCUUAGCGGGCUUUCAAAUUUGAAGUCUUUGGAUGUAAGCUCCAAUCAGUUAAAUGGAUCAACAGAUAUGAAAGACUUGGGUGCUUUUACCAACUUAGAGGUAUUGGAUAUGAGCUUUAAUGAUCUGAAUGAAUUUGUGGCCUGUAAAGCUUGUUGUGUCUUAGAUUACCUUUUGUCAUUCUGUUUUAGAUUACUACGUAUUCAUAUUACCGUUUAA